AUGCAUGCUUCUCACCAGAGCCUAGCUGCCCAUCGCUCCGAACCAACCAGAUGGCUGUUUGGCUGCGCCGAGUCACAAGGCCAGGCGUGUCCGGCCUACUUGCCGUGCUCUCCGAUCGGAACCACCGAGAGGGUGCCACUUGCAGGCUCAGCUUUGCCCAUGAGCAUCCCUCUCGGCCAGAGCUCGUUGAUCAGCUCGCUGGGCACCGAAGCGCCAUGGGAUCCCGCCUGGCAAAAGCACGGCCCCACCACCGCUACCUCGUCUCGAUACCCCAACACCUUUCGCAAACGACACCAGCAAUACCGUUCCUGCAGAAGUCUGGCUCCAGCCACGCGUACUGCCACCAUGAAGCGCAAGGUGCUGCUGAUGGGCCAAUCGGGCUGCGGCAAGACGAGCAUGCGUUCGCUCAUCUUUUCGUCCUACCGGGCUGCAGACACACGGCGGCUGGGCUCGACGUUGGAUGUGGAGCAUUCGCACGUGCGCUUCCUCGGCAACCUGGUGCUCAACCUGUGGGACUGCGGAGGACAGCAGUCGUACAUGGACUCGUAUCUGGACAAGCAGCGCUCGCAGGUGUUCUCUACCGUGGGCGUGCUGAUCUAUGUCUUUGACCUCGUCGGUGCCGAGGGAGGUGAGGAGGGGAUCGAGGAAUGGGAGCGCGAUCUGCGCUACUACAAGGACUGCAUCUCGGCGCUCUAUCAGUACUCGCCCGAUGCGCAGGUGUUCUGUCUGCUGCACAAGAUGGACUUGGUCGAUAAGAGUAGGCGUGCGGCGGUGUAUUCGAGUCGUGUCAAGGAGCUCAGGAGGAAGAGUAGGGAGGUUGCACAGGCGGCUGCGAAUGCCAGGGCGGCAGCGGAUGGGUUCCGGGUGCAUUGUUUUGCCACGAGUAUUUGGGACGAGAGCUUGUAUCGCGCGUGGAGUCGGAUUGUGCAGACGCAGAUUCCGGCACUGGGCGUGUUGGAGCGUCAUCUGCAGCAGCUGGCGGAUACGUGCUCGGCGAGCGAGGUGGUGGUGUUUGAACGAACCACGUUUCUGGUCAUCGCCAAAACCGCAUCCAGCUCCGCCGCACCCCUGUCGUCGUCGUUCAACAAGGACUCGAUCCAACCCUCUUCCGGUGGUCGAUACAUCUACGACGAAGAUGAAGAGGGCCUCGAAGGGUUUAGGGAUACGCAGGGUAGGGUGGCAUCAACACCGCUCGGCUCGGGCUUUAUCACAUCGUCCACCCACCCUGCUGCUCAUUCCGAAACGGUGGCUUUUGGUACAAGAGCCGCAGGGUUGGAUCCAGAGCGAUUCGAAAAGGUGUCGGAGCUCAUCAAAAACUUCAAGCUGUCGUGUCAGAAGCUACCUGCCAAAUCGAGCCAGUGCGAGUUUCAGGCGGUCGAACUCAAAGCUCCGAACUUUAGCGCGUACAUCGACAGCCUGACCUCCAACACGUACAUCAUGCUGCUGGUGCGCGAUCCUUCGAUCCAGAUGGCAAGCAUCAAGCUCAACGUCCAACUGGCACGCGACCACUUUGAACGCCUCCAGGCCAUCAAUCUUCGCUCCUAG